GCUGCGAGUCUGGGGAGAGCAGAGUCGGUUGCGCCGCAGCGUCAGGUCAGUUGCACCUUCUGGGUCGCUGGCGGCCGUGGGAGCCGGGAGGGGCCUCGGCGAUGAUCCGGCUUUAAGGACCUAGGGUCCGCUUCUAUCUCAGGUGGUUUGGGGAAGGGGUAGUGCAGCCGAAGACCAUCUACUUGACGAGGCCUUUUGCCCUGAACCUCAUGAAGAAAUGAUAGGAGGCAGACAUAUGUGCCAAAGAGGAGCACUGAGCUCAGAGGAGAACGGCACGGAGUUUUCGGGCUGUGCUUUGAUUGUGUACAUCAAUGGCAGAAUCCUCCAGCGAUUCAGAACACUUUCGCUCUCGUGACCGAUUGAGUCGAUGGACUGCCAGGUCAACAUACAGGGAAUGUCUAAGUCGUCCUACAGUAGGCGUCACCGAGAAGGUCAACACCAUAACAAAUACUUUACAGGACACCAGUCGGAACCUGCGACAAGUAGACCAGAUGCUUGGACAGUAUCGAGACUAUAGUAAUGGACAGACGGGUGCUAUAGAACAUUUAAAAGAAAGCUUGGAACAAUCAGUAGGCCAACUGCGGAGUCAGCGUUUAUUGAGAAACUCAGGAGGGAGAAGUAUUUCUAUUACAAGUCUAAGUGCAAGUGACCUCGAUGCUGGCACUGUGACAGAGAGCUACCGUUUUCCACCUACCUCACCUCUCAAGGACUAUGGAGAUCAGCAGGGUAGUAAACGAAUUAGGUCCAGAACUGGUGUCCGAUUUGUUCGGGAGGCUGACAACACAGGCCAGUUUCAUGCUUUUCAUCAGUCCCUCCGAGACCUCAGCAGUGAACAAGUUCGGCUUGGAGACGAUUUCAAUCGGGAAUUUGCCAGAAGAAGCAGGUCGGAUGCUGAAACAAAAAAGGCUUUGGAAGAAUUGGCUGAAAAGCUUAACGAAACCCAAAAACAAGAAGUGGUUUCAGAUCGUGUGGAACGACGGCUUCAGGAAAUAGAAAGAGAGAUGCGCACAGAGAGAGAGCUGGUGGAACGACGGCAGGAUCAACUGGGACUCAUUUCUUCACAGCUACAGGAGGCACUGAAGAAACAAGAAGCUAAAGCAGAUGAAAAUGAGGGAGCCAUGAAAAAUAAGCUAAGACAGACUGAAACUGAGAAGAAUCAACUUGAACAAGAAUUGGAGCUAUCUCGAAGGUUACUGAAUCAGUCAGAAGGCAGCAGAGAAACACUUCUGCAUCAGGUAGAAGAGCUCCGUAUACAACUUUUGAAAGCAGAAGGUGAUCGAAAGGGCUUACAGCAUCAAGUAUCUCAGAUUUCCAAGCAACAGUCAAACCAUCAAGAUGAACAAGGAGAUGACUGGAGGUUUAGGAGAGGGGUUGAGCGGGAAAAAGAGGAUCUGGAGAAGCAGAUGUCAGAUUUGAGGGCGCAGCUGAACCUCAGUGCAAUGGCAUCUGAGUUAGAGGAAGCGAAGCGGUGCAUGAAGCGGAAAGACCAGGAGAAAGCACAUUUUGCAGCGCAAGUAGAGAAUUUAACACGUGAAUUGGAGAACAGUGAAAAGCAGCAGCUACAGAUGUUGGAUCAACUUAAGGAGAUCCAGAAUCACUUUGAGACUUGUGAGGCCAAACAUAAGCGUGCUGACCUUCAGAUCUCUGAGCUGACUCACCAUGCUGAGGAUGCAACCAAGCAGGCCGAGCAGUACCUUCUCGAGUUUCAGCAGUCCGAGGCCCUGAGACAGGCAGCGGAGAAGAGGAGAGAGGACCUGAAAAUGAAAGCUCAGGAAUCCAUUAGGCAGUGGAAGCUUAAGCAUAAGAAAACAGAGCGAGCAUUGGAGAAACAGUCGGAAACUCUUGAUCAACUGACAGACAAGAAUAAUCAGAUUCUGAAAGAAAAGGAUGAAUUGAAAAGCCAGCUUUAUGCAGCGUUACAACAGAUAGAGAAUCUUCGAAAGGAAUUGAAUGAUGUCUUAACCAAGCGUGCCCUUCAAGAGGAGGAGCUUCACUGUAAGGAGCAGAAACUGAGUGAUAUUAAGGCUCAGCAAGCUGACCUUGAACUAGAAGUCAAGGAUUCCCUGGACACUAUCCAUAGGCUAGAAAGUGAAUUGAAGAAGCAGAAUAAGGUUCAAAGCCAGAUGAAAGCUGAGAAAGCUCACCUGGAAGCAGAAAUCGCAGAGCUAAAGAAGAGCCAGGCCAAGGACAAAGCUCAACUUCUCGAGAUGCAAGAGUCUGUCAAGGACUUGAGUGCCAUCCGGGCCGAUCUUGCCAAUAAACUGGCUGAGGAACAGAGAGCCAGGAAAGAGGUGCUUAAGAACCUUGCAGACCUCAAGACGCAGGCAAAAUCCAGAGACGAAGAAACAGCGACAAUCGUUACACAGUUAAAGCUAGAGCGAGACGUUCACCAGAGGGAGCUGGAAGAUCUCACAUCGUCAUUGCAGAGUGUGAAAACUAAACACGAGCAGAACAUCCAGGAGCUGAUGAAGCACUUCAAGAAGGAAAAGAGUGAGGCUGAGAAUCAUAUUAGAACACUGAAGGCAGAAAGCAUAGAAGAUAAGAACACGGCUAAAGUCCAUCUUUGUCAGCUAGAGAAGUUGAAGUCACAGUGUGACAGGCUGACAGAGGAAUUAACCCAGAAUGAACAGGAGAACAAAAAACUGAAGCUAAAAUAUCAGACUUUGAAGGACCAGCUAGAAGAAAAGGAAAAGCAUAUAAGCAAUGAAGAAGAGCACUUAAGGAGGAUUGAAGAGGCCAGACUGCAGCUCAAGGAUCAACUUCUUUGUCUGGAGACUGAACAGGAAUCCAUUCUUGGUGUCAUAGGAAAGGAAAUUGAUGCAGCUUGUAAAACCUUCUCCAGGGACUCGAUGGAGAAAUUGAAAGUGUUUUCAUCUGGUCCUGAUAUCAAUUAUGAUCCACAUCGCUGGUUAGCAGAAAGCAAGACUAAGCUCCAGUGGCUCUGUGAGGAACUGAAAGAGCGAGAAAACAGAGAGAGGAGUCUGCGGCACGAGCUGAUGCUCUGCAGACAGCAGCUGAGGAGUAUGACCGAAAACAAGGAAUCUGAGCUCCAGUGUCUCUUCGAACAGAUAGAAAGGCAAGAGCAGCUUCUGGGCGAAAUACAACAAGAGAAGAGAGAGCUCCUGGAGGAGACCCACAGAAAAGAUGAAGAAAUGGAAUCUCUACAGCCAAAGCAACUGUUUAAAAUUCCACCUUGGGAAGAUGCUAGUCAGACUGCAAUGAAAAAUCAGAAUGAAGCUCAAUUUGAAGAAAAAGCAGACCGUGUAAAUGCGUUAGAAACGAUUUCCAGCAUGCUUGAAAAUGCUCAUAAUGUUGGGGGGAAAAAUUUUAACCAGAUAAGGAAGCUGGAGGGAACAUUCUCCACCAAGGGCACAAGUACCCGAGUGGCCUUGGACCAUCUGGAGUCUGUGCCUGAGAAACUGAGCUUACUAGAAGAUUUCAAAGACUUCAGAGAUUCCUGCAGUUUAUCUGAGAGAAUUGAUGGGAGAUAUUCUAAAUACAGAGUUCACAAAGAGUCUCUUCAGCGGCGCCGAGAUGAUACCAAGUACAGAGUCAAAAACUUCAAAGAUGACGAAAUCUUUGCUGAGAGCUCCCAUGCUCAUGGGUUAGACCACUCACCAUCUUGGCCUGAUCACAGCCACUUCCUGUCUAGUCCGCGAUUUUCACACUUCAAUUAAAACAACCCAUAGCUUCCACUGUGUCAGAAGAAACUCUAAAUAAACCUUUAUAAAGAAAAAAAGGGGAAAAUCAGAUUAGAAAUGAAAUAUUGUUAACCUAAGUAGGUAGGUGUCAGAUAGAAAGGCAACAAUGGGUUCAUAAUUUUGGGAGGUGUUUGAUUUGGGAGACAAGAUAGGGGUUCCAAUGUAGAACCUGUGUUUUCUUUCUGGCAGUGACAUGCUGGUUAUGCAGACCAUCCUUCUGAAACAGAGCCACAUUAUGGUUUGUAUGGUUUGUAACGUGUGGGUGAGGAGAAUAGAUAACCUCCUUUAGCCUUUUAGAAGAGCCAAGACAAGCCAUGAAAGGGAGAGAGACAAGUCUCCAGGAAAAGGAGUUACAAGAAGCUACCUCGCAUUGACUGUCACUUUGGGUCACCGGAAAUACACAUACGUGCCCAGGACGUGCGUAGAUGCUUUGGGCAAGUUGGAGACAUUAACCGUGCAUGCUGCUGAGUGGAGAACAUUUCAAAGGCAGGGAGCAGUGAGAAAACCGGAAGCCAAUCAGAGUGAAAAGGAUAUUUGAACAGAGAGGCGGGUGCAUAUAAAGACUAAGGGUUUGGGGCUUCUCCCUCUCUCCAGUGUCUCUUUUCUAGCUGACUUCUGCCCAUCUGGGUAGGUAUUUACAACUCCAGGAGGACAAGAGGGGUCAGGUGAGUCCUGGGUCAAUGAGACUAUGUUUACUUGCAUACAUUUUGUCCCUUUGCAGUUGCUCCGUGAAACGGGUUAAAUUCUAAUCACAAGGACCAGCAUUCCCAAUGUAUUCUUCUUGUUUAUUCUGCACCUGCUUAAGGAGUCUGCCAUCGACAUGUGAGCUCACAAAUGCACAUCCAAGAAAUGAAUAGAAUAUGUGGCUGUCACUGCUUCCUCUUGUUCUCUGUGCAUGGAGAGAGGCUGGGAUAGGCUCCAUUUGUGAUAUGGGCCGGUGUUCUCUGCAGCCUCUUUGGCAAGUACACUGUGAUACUAAGUGGGACAGUGCUUCUGGAGGUGUCCUUUUUCUAAAGGCACAAAAGGUUCUAAGGUGGCAAGCUUUGAAUACAUAGCUGCAGAAUUCUUCCUUAGGAACUCUUUUUUUGUGAGUAUCAGAAAAUAGAAGUAUUAGCCUGGAGAAGAAACUCCAACUUCUAAAAGACUUAUGUCUUAGUUGUGAGCAUUUUCUUAAUGCCUGGAGAUGUUCCUGGACUUAUUGCUCUGGUUAAGUGAUGAGGUAAACGUCAGCAGGAGAACAAAGUAUGGAAUGGUAGUCAGUGAUCAGCUCUUGCUCUUUGUUUCCAUCCCAUCUGUGCAGAUAUUUCUAAUCC